AUGCGUACAAGUGAGGACAAAGUGUGCAGGAACGACACGUAUCUUUAUGUCGAUAACUUCAUGUUCAGUCGCUAUGUGGAAAAGCAGCAUGUUCUCAACACACUGCUGCAGGGAAAUUUCAAUGAUCAGGGUGACCCAGCCAUUCUUCCAAUCAUUGGUGGUCAUAAGGUUGGCAAAAGAACUCUUGUUUCUCAUGUCUGCAACAACGAGAAGAUUCGCAGCCAUUUCUCUUCGAUACUGCAUAUUUCUGAGCAUGUCAUAAGCAGAAUAGAACAUGAGAAAUUCCCACGUGUGAGGACUUUAGUCGUGAUUGAAUUUAUGUCAGAUGUAAAUGAUGACGAUUGGAUGAAGUUCUAUUCUUGUGUAUCCCGCAUGGGUGAAGGGACCAAAGUGAUAAUCAUAAGUAGGCUUGAAAAGCUUGCGAGACUUGGUACCGUAAAGCCAGUUCAUCUGAAACUGUUGUCAGUAGAGGAGUUCAGCUAUGUGUUCAAGGUUUUGGCAUUUGGAAGCACAAAACCAGAGGACUGCCCACAGUUAUUGUCGAUAGGAAAUGAGUUAGCAGCACUGAUGGAUAGGUCGUGGAUCAUUGGAAACAUUUUGGCUGAUGUACUGAGAAAGCAUCUCAACACCCAGUUCUGGUUCCAUGUCUUAAAAAGGUACAAAGGGACCUUAGAGAACAAUAUGUUGUUGUUUGGCGACCAUCCAAGAAAUAAUUGUUGGAAAGAUCGUCCAAUUGACAUCACAAAAUUGAUCUAUUAUCCAGCUCCGUUUCGUACUUUGCCUCCUCAUAUAGGAGGGGAUGUUUCUGCAACCCAACUUCCUAGGGUCACAUUUGAGGACUUAAUAGUAGGCUCAGCUUCUCCUCCAAAGGAGAUGUUCGAGCUUAUGGCAUGGGAAUCACGGCUGCCUCCUUAUUCAAAGAUUUUACAGAUAUGUGUUGAAGAUAAAGCUCAAAAUACUGCCCCAUCGAACAAGAAGCGCCGAGGGUCGGAGUAG